CUGUUGUUUACCACUUAACUUUUAUAUCACUUACAUCGAGUUUAUUUUAAUUUGUAUUAAGUUAUAAUUUAUUUUUAAUAAGCUAACAAUGCAGAGCCAAAGAAUUUUACAAUUAAUUAAAAUCAGAUCCAUCACCUCUCAAAGGUUCAGUUCAAAUGACUGCCGGCGGGUUGUUGUGACCGGUCUUGGUGGAGUGACACCACUUGGAAACAAUGUCAAAGAUUCUUGGGACAAAAUACUCAAGGGAGAAGCAGCUAUAUCAAAUUUAGGAGAAGCCUACAAGGGAAUUCCAUGUCAAGUUGCAGCACAAAUUAACAAGAACAACUUGCAACUAGAAAAUUCAUUCUCUAAAAGUGAUCUCAAAAUUAUGAGUCCUGCCACUAUACUCUCUGUUCUUGCUGCCCAAGAAGCACUAGCUCAUGCAAAACUUCUUGAUGUCACUGCAGAAGAAGAGAAGAACAGAACCGGCGUUUGUGUAGGAAUGGGUAUGUUCGACUUGCCUGAAGUUUACAAUUCCCAUGCAUCACUUACCAAGGGAUACAAUCGAGUGAGCCCUUAUUUUAUUCCCAGACUUUUGCCGAGUAUGGCCUGUGGUCAUAUUAGCAUGCUAUUUGGUCUGCGAGGCCCAAAUCAUUCGGUAUCGACAGCUUGUGCUACUGGAGCGCAUGCCAUUGGAGAUGCAUUUCGCUUUAUAAAAUAUGGUGAUGCAGAUGUAAUGGUAGCCGGUAGUGGAGAAUCCUGCAUAGAUCCCCUUGCGAUAGCUGGAUUUUGUCGCCUUAGAGCACUUUGUACAUCGUUCAACGACGACCCAAAACGAGCCUCUAGACCAUUUGACGAGAAAAGAGACGGCUUCGUUAUGGGUGAGGGCGCUGCUAUAUUGAUAUUGGAAGAACUUGAACAUGCCAAAGCAAGGGGGGCAACCAUCCUAGCCGAAAUACUAGGCUAUGGUUUGUCAGGAGAUGCAUAUCACAUUACAUCUCCCAGUGAAGAUGGUACUGGUGCAUAUCUUGCCAUGACACGCGCAAUGGCAGAUGCUAAAAUUGAUCCUAACCUAGUUGGUUAUAUCAAUGCACAUGCUACUUCCACUCCAACGGGAGAUAAAAUAGAAGCACGAGCAAUCAAUAGGACAUUCAAAGAACACACAAAAAAUAUCGGUGUCUCAUCAACUAAAGGAGCUCACGGUCAUCUAUUAGGUUCGUCGGGUAAUCUCGAGGGAUUGUUUGUUGUUAAAGCGUGCGAAACUGGAAUAUUACCUCCUUCCAUAAAUGUUGACAAAGUUGGAGAAGGUAUCGAUGUGGAAAUAGUGACUAAGGCAGAAAAAUGGAAUUCUGAAAGAAGAAUUGCUCUGAAAAAUUCAUUUGGCUUUGGUGGCACUAAUGCAUGUCUAUGCAUAUCCAGUUUCGUAGAAUGAAUUUAUUUUUCUUUUUAAGUUUAUUGCAUUCUUACCAAUUUCAAAAAAAAGUUGUUGUUUUGUUAAAAAAAUAAAAAUAUUUGUAAAUAAAUUAAA